AAUCUCGAAAUCAAAGCAAUAAUUUUGUUGGUUCAUCCUAUUCGGGUUGUAUACCAAAAUCGUUCAAUUUUUUUUGACUUAAAAUUGUGUGCAAAAUUAUUCGCGAUCGCCGAUUUUCUUUCAAAUUAAUAAUAGUGUGUUGUUGGCCGUGUGUGCGUACAAAGUUUCGUAAUAUUCGCGGAAAGUUACAAUAAACAAUUGAGCUGUGCUUCAUUUCGGAAAUUUAGAUUUUGUUAAAAAAAAAGAAGAAAAAAUUGAAGAAAAAUGUCAUUUCGUGUUGUGAGAAGUUCAAAAUUUCGUCACGUGUACGGUACCCCUCUGAAGAGGGAACAGUGUUAUGAUAAUAUCCGUGUAUCGAAAAGUAGCUGGGAUUCUACUUUCUGCGCUGUAAAUCCGAAAUUUCUAGCAAUCAUUGUCGAAUCAGCUGGCGGUGGUGCUUUCAUCGUUUUACCACACAAUAAGGUCGGUCGUAUUAAUCCUGACCAUCCAUUGGUGGGAGGCCAUAAAGGUCCAGUUUUGGAUAUAGCGUGGUGUCCGCAUAAUGACAAUGUAAUUGCAUCCGGCUCGGAGGAUUGUGUCGUGAAGGUAUGGCAAAUACCCGAUGGAGGUUUGUCUAGAACUCUAACUGAACCAGUAGUGGAUCUACUGUACCAUCAACGAAGAGUGGGCUUAGUGUUAUGGCAUCCCACAGCGCUAAAUGUUCUACUUACAGCCGGUUCUGAUAAUCAGGUAGUAAUCUGGAAUGUUGGUACAGGUGAAGCACUGCGCCACAUUGAAUGCCAUCCAGAUGUUGUAUAUAGUGCCUGCUUCGAUUGGGAUGGUUCGAAAUUAGUGACAACGUGUAAGGAUAAGAAAAUUCGAAUCAUCAAUCCACGCACUGGCGAAAUUGAAAGCGAGGCCUUGUGUCAUGAGGGUUCUAAAGCAACGCAGGCAAUCUUUCUGAGACACGGACUUAUCUUUACAACUGGUUUUAACAGAUCAUCCGAGCGACAGUAUUCGUUGCGCGCCCCUGAUGCCUUAGACGAACCCAUCGUCAUGGUGGAAUUGGAUACAUCGAAUGGUGUUAUGUUUCCACUGUACGACCCGGACACAAAUUUAGUUUUCCUAUGCGGAAAGGGUGACUCCGUCAUCCGAUACUUUGAGAUAACACCUGAACCGCCAUUCGUCCAUUACAUCAAUACGUUUCAAUCGGCUGAUCCGCAACGUGGUAUUGGUAUAAUGCCGAAACGUGGCUGCGAUGUAAACACCUGUGAAAUUGCCAAAUUUUAUCGACUGAACAACAAUGGUUUGUGUCAAAUUGUUUCUAUGACUGUUCCGCGGCGCUCCGAAUUGUUUCAGGAAGAUCUGUAUCCGGACACAUUAUCAGACGAGGCAGCCACAACUGCAGAGGAAUGGUUUUCCGGUACGGAUGCGGAGCCGAUUUUAGUUUCGUUGAAGGAUCGAUCGUUUCUUGUACAGGGUGGUUACGUAUCGCAAUCAGCAAACAAAACACUAACGGUGUCCAAAAAAUCCAACGUUCUGGACAAAAUCCCACCUCGUGGUCCACAAAAGUCCCCGUCCUCACCAAACGCCAAUUCAUCGAAUAACAACCAACAGUCACCGGUUAGCUUCAGUGGAAUAAAUGAAGCCGAUUUGAAGGAAUUUAUGGAAGACUUUAAAAAACAGACCGAUGAAAUGCGAAAGCUUAAGGCAAUUAUCGUUAAGCAUGAGAACCGCAUUCGGUCAUUGGAAGCAGCACAAAAAGCCCGUGACGAGGACGUUUUAGAUAACAUACUGUCGGCUGAAAAGGAAUCAACACAUCGAGUGCCGGACACCGAACCGUUGCCAAGUGCCGGCAAUUUGGCUCCGGAUGAAGUGUAAAUUCGUUGGUCGUAUCCGAGUGCUCACAAAUAAGGACUAUAACUACUACUACAGAGACACACACCAACGAAACCUGACUAUUGUAUUAUUGUAAAUUUUUUUUUUAUUAUUUUGUAUUAUUCUAUCCUCCCCACCCCCUUUACAACCAACUUUCGGUCCAUAAUUCGAUUCAUUAAAACACAAAGUGCAACGAUAAAUCUCCCAAUUUGGAUGACGGACGGAGCUUCAAAUGGUUUGCUCUGUCAAUUAAUCAAUUUAUUUCGCCAUGUCAUUUUAUAAUUCAACGAAUAUUAUUAGUGGUUAAGUCUACGCUUAUUGAAAAAGGCUGUGCCCGUUGUUGCUUAAAAACACACAAACACAAUUUUACAUGUAAAUUGAGUAUUUCGUAGAAAAAAGAGAUGAAAAGAGACGCAGAGAAAGUUUUUUAAACUGGAAAAGGCAAAUCGUCAAAUUUUCUCUCUCUUUUUUCUAUGUUACAGUAACAAAAAGGAAAUCCGAAAAAAAAGAGAAUUUGUCGUUGUUUCGUUUGCCAGAUAUUUUAUUCCUAUUGUGCCUUGUUAUGAAAUGUAAAGUUCAACUGUUCAAUCAUUGAUCGUUAUUAUCAACUUUAAUUAAGUAAAAA